UAUUUCAAUGCGCAAGAGAGUCACGAUCAGUUGGUUGUGGAAAAGUUAACGCUUUUUUGAAAACAUUUUUUUUUCUUGUUAAAGUGUGUGCGAAUACUUGAUAAUUGAUUCAGUUGAGAAUUGAACGCGUAACAGAAGAAAAUACAUAAAUUUAUCGAGUGAUAUAUAUUUUUUAAAGUGUAGUUUGAGUGCAGCAAGAUAAGCUUCGAAUAUUGCUAGUAUAAAGGCAAUAAUAGAAGUAUUACGACUUUAAUCGGGAGUGCACGACUUCGGCAUACUUCGCGUCAAGCUCUGAAAGAUUCUCGAUUCCAGACUGGAAAACGAGUUCACACCGAUUUACACACACAAAGAUAAAAACACAUUGAAGGAUGCGUCCUUUUGGCAAUGACAUUACAAACAUCGCAAAUAACAGCGGAGCGGGGAAUGGCGACGAUAAUGGAAAUGACAACAACAGAGACAGAGACAGAAACAAUGAUGAUGAGAACGACAACGAGGACCCCGACAGAGGCAACUCAGACUCAUCGGGCAAUGAGGCAACAUCAGAGACAGAAGCAGAUCCCCGCAUACCGCCGCAUAUAGCCAGAAUCGGUGGCAUAGUGACAUUCUCUCCAAUCGCCGGACGUGGAGUAAUUCGUGUGGUUCAUCGCUGCGAGGCAGCCAAAGAGAAUCGCAAAUUAGAUCUAUCACAAUGUGAACUGAUGCAAAUUCCAGAUGCAGUUUAUCACCUUAUGCGCAAUACAGAGCUAAAGACAUGCAACUUUAGCGGUAAUGUGCUCAAAAAGGUGACACCAAAGUUUGCGCUGAAAUUUAGCGCAAUUACAGAUCUCAAUCUCUCACACAACCAGCUAUCAAGGCUGCCCGAUGAAUUCUCUAGUCUUAGUGAAUUAACCACACUCAACAUUUCGCACAAUUCAUUUAUUGUUCUACCUCAAGUCGUUUUCAAGUUGAAGAAGCUUGCCAAUUUAGAUGCUCAGCAUAAUGCUAUUUUUGAGAUCGAUACUGAAGAGGCGAUUAGCAGUGAUUGCUUGGCUGUGGUGGAUCUGCGCAACAAUCCGAUAAGCAAAAACUGUCGUGACAAAUUGCAGGAUAUCAAAACUAGUUUUCGUCUCGAGCUUUCCGAAGAAGUUGAAGAUGAUUGGUAGCAGCAGAAGCAUUGGCGACAUCAAAUGCACAACCAAAAAUACUCUUGCUGUAGUUUAAAAAAAUGUUUAUUGAUCAUUUAAUUUAUUGUGUUUUGAAAAAUACACGUAUUUUUAUAUAAAUCAUACCCCAUUGAAAAAUGUUA